UCUUUCGAAUUGAUGGUUUGGAAUUGAACAAAAAAAAAAAAAGGUUCAUGAUUGGAAGGUUUCUUUCCAAGGUCGGCAGCAGGAGCUCUUCCCCGAGAAAGUUCCGUUUUCGAAACAAACAAUUUCUUUAAAACCCAGAACGAGUGACUGAUUUUCCCUUUUUUUAUGCAGCAAAAGCAAUAGUUGGGACUUUUACCUGUAUUGUGAAGAACUCUCGUAUCUACACAUUCCCGAUGGAUUUAUGUCUUUUGCAUGCUGAUGCGCCCACAGUAAUAGUCGAUCAAAGACGCGCCAGUUGGGCUGCAUCAAGUAGCAUGGAGACCAGCAAGAAGCUAUUCAAGACGCUCGGCAACUGCGGUGUGCGUAUGAAUACUGUUAAAGAAUCUAUCUGCACAAAUAGCGAAAAUACCCAUCGCACACCUCUGUUUGGAAUCGACAUUGGUGGCAGCCUGGUCAAAGUCGUCUAUUUCGAGCCCACAGACUCUUCCGACGAAUCGGAAGCCCACCAAAACCUGAAGCAGUUCGUGAAGGGCAGGGCUGCUUACUGCAACACUGGUACUAGGGACGUGCACUUACAAAUGGACAAUGUCAUGGUAAAUAACCUCCACGGAUCUCUCCACUUCAUACGAUUUCCAACCAGCGAAAUGAGCGCUUUCCUAAGGUUGGUUAAAAGCAAACAAAUUGCUCCAGUAUCCAGCACAGUAUGCGCCACUGGUGGUGGAGCGUACAAGUUCGAACAGGACUUCCAAAAGGAAAUUUUUCAGAAGAUUCACAAGUUCGAUGAGAUGGAUUCCCUGAUUCGCGGCAUCCAAUACGUGGAGCAAAACAAUUUCCGCGAAUGUUACUAUUGGAGCGAUCCUGUUGAUGACGAUCGCUGUAAAAAAGUUCCAUUCGAUUUCAGUUCUCCGUAUCCAUUCCUGGUGGUUAACAUUGGGUCUGGAGUCAGCAUACUGGCAGUUUAUUCAGAGAAUGAGUACAAAAGAGUUACAGGCACCAGUUUGGGAGGUGGAACCUUUUUAGGACUAUGCUGCUUGCUGACAGGUUGUGACACGUUUGAAGAAGCAAUUUCCCUUGCAGAACAAGGAGAUAGCACGAAAGUCGACAAACUAGUUAAAGAUAUCUAUGGAGGCGAUUACAUGAAAUUCAACCUUAGAGGAAACACCGUUGCUAGCAGUUUCGGAAACAUGAAUAGCAAAGAGAGGCGAUCUGCAGCAUCUCAGGCCGACUUGGCCAGAGCAACUUUGGUAACCAUCACAAACAAUAUCGGAUCCAUCGCCCGGAUGGCAGCACUCAAUGAGGGCAUUCAAAGAGUUGUGUUCGUAGGUAAUUUUCUUCGAGUCAACACCAUUUCCAUGAAGCUACUGGCGUAUGCUAUGGAGUUCUGGUCUAGAGGUUCCCUUAAAGCACUCUUUUUGGAACAUGAGGGAUAUUUUGGAGCAGUCGGUUGCUUGCAGGAGUUAAUGAGAAGUCCAUAAAAAUCACGGAGAAUGCUUUUCGCUAAAUCCUGUACAGCUGUUAUACAUCUCUCAGUGAGUAAUAACAUCGUUAACCUAACACGUUAGAGGCAUGAAAUUCUUCAUAUCAUCAAAGCUCAAGUUGUUAAUACACUUGUACUGGGACCAAUUUGACGCCUGAAAAACCCGUUCAUACCAGACUAAGUUCACGACGAGCAUGUUCUAUGCGUGAACCUAUUUGGAUUAUGAUAUUUUUUGUAAUGCAUAAUAAAAUAGAUUAUCAUUUUAA